AUGUUCGUGCCGGACUUUGUCACGUACACCUAUGCAACGCCCGGCUGGUUUCUGCCCUGGUACGACAAUGGGCUGUACGCAUUUCAUGGGGAUGGUUCGGUGGAAUUCUUCAAAUCUUGCAAAAAUCAUCGCUGUAAUACUUUUGCUAUUAGUGAUUUUACCGCCAGGCCAACCGUAGAAUGCUAUACAUCGAGGUCGGAAAAUUUAUUUGGCGAUAAUUGCCGCGGACAUUAUUGUGUUUAUUUUUACAUAGUUCAGACCUCGAUAUACAAGACCAACGGAAAAUUCCGGACGUAUCUGUGCGCGGAAGAUUUUUGUAAUAAAGACGAAAAGACUGCAAAUGCCUCAAUUUAUGGGCAGGCCAACUUA